AUGGGCUUUUCACUGCUAUUACUGGUAGGUCUGGGCGUGGGAAUCUUCCAAAUCCCGAAGAUCUUCUAUCGUCUCUACUUUCACCCGCUGCGCCACAUCCCUGGUCCCAGACUGGCAGCCAUCACCCAUCUUUACGACUUCUAUUAUAAUGUCUACCAUGAAGGAAAAUUGAUCUUCCAGAUUGAAGAGCUGCAUAAAAUCUACGGCCCUAUUAUUCGCAUCGCGCCCGACGAGGUUCAUAUCAGCGACCCAACUUUCUACGAUGAGAUAUACGCCUCCAGCAGACGUCGGCGGGAUAAACCGGGGUAUUACAUACCUCUAACUGGCUUUCCACAAUCCCUAGUGUCGACUACCACUCACGACCAUCACCGCAUGCGACGUGCUGUCGUCAGCCCUUUUUUCUCGAGGCGUUCCAUCCAGGAGCUUUCGGUCGUCUCAGAAGGGUGUACGUUGAAACUCAUGGACCGUCUUCAGAAAUUCCACGACGAGGAUAAGAUUGUCCGACUGGAUGAUGCUUUUGCUGCUAUGGCAUCAGACAUCAUCACCUAUCUUUGCUACGGUUAUAGUCAAGGCUUCCUGGGCAGCGAGAACUUUGGCAGUUACAUCCGCCGUGCCGUCAAUGAGACUACAACGGCCAGUCAUCUCAACCGCUUAUUCCCCCUGCUGCCCUUAUUGAUGCGUAUGAUACCAAUGCGGUUCAUGUGCUUCUUCCGACCAGGUCUUGGAAUUAUGUAUACCUAUCUCAAGAAGCUUUAUGAGCUAUCAGCGCAAGCACUUCCGACAAACGACAUGGACGUCAAUAACACCGGAACCAAACGAGCAAAGUACAAGACCAUACUCGCCAAACUGGGAGAUCCUCGUAUUCCGCCACAGGAGCGAACACUCGAUCGCUUCCGGGACGAAGGCGUUCAGUUCCUAAGUGCUGGCACGGAGACGACAGGUAGCACUCUGACCUUUGCAGCGUAUAUCCUCGCCACCCAUCCAGAUGUCCUUCAACGCCUCCGAACGGAGUUGAAGCAGAUUUUGCCAACACCCAUAAGUACAUCCACCUGGAUGGACCUGGAGAAGCUGCCUUAUCUGACUGCGUUUAUUUACGAAACCCUGAGGCUUUCCUAUGGGCCGAUUUUCCGCGCUGGUCGCAUCGCUCCAACAGAGACCCUCAGAUAUAAUGAUUAUGUGCUUCCGCCUGGCACAAUUAUGUGUUCUUCCACCUACUUCAUCCACCGUGAUCCAAUCCUCUUCCCUGACUGCGACAAGUUUGAUCCAGAGAGGUGGCUACAGGGUGAGAAGAGUGAUUAUUUAAAACGAUACCAUGUCUCCUUCUCCAAGGGUAGUAGGUCUUGUGUGGGUAAGAGUCUGGCCUGGAAUGAGCUAUACUUUGCCAUCGCGUACAUGGUUCGACGGUUUGAUUUCGAACUGUACAACACUACUGCUGAAGAUAUGAAGUUUGUCUCUGAGACAGUAUUUCCCAAGACCAGGCGAGGAAUGAUGACGGUUUACGCCAAGGUCAACAACGUGGUGGAUUGAGUAUACGAGUGGUUAUCUUGUUCAACAUGGAUUACUUAGAUAACAGAUAGUCGAUGUGAUGACAUGGAAAAAAAAG